AUGCAAGUGCAUCAUCAAGAACAAUCUUGUUUCGGCGCCGAAUUUAUGACUCCUGGAAGUCAGUUAGUUGGGCAGGACCUUCAUUCCGCCAGCCUUCUGACGCCCUUCCAUGUGGACGACCAACCGUCCCAGAAUCCGCACUCGACGGCCGCGGCGGUUGCGGCCGCGUUGUUGGCCGCUAACUGCUAUGACAAUGUGCUGCCGAGGAAUGGGAUUAAUAACAUGAAGAUGGAGGAGGGAUACGACGUUGGUAGUGGGUAUUAUGGUGCUGGUAGGUUACUGUAUUUUUUGCUUUAGUUUUUCCUUUCAUUUACACCUUAUCUAAAGCUUAGUAUUCCGGGUAAAGUAAAGAAAAAAAAAGAAAAAAAUUUUUUACCGUCUCCUUUAGUCAUCAAGAGGGGCAUGACCUAAGUUUUCGGCCCAAUCUUUUUCAAGUUUGCUUUAGCCCGGCCAGGCAGGCGAGGGGCCGAGCCGAUGCAUGUCCAGGCCUAGUGGGCCCCUUUUCAGGCCUAGUCUUAAAAAAGUUAGGGGGAAAGGGUAUUACCGAGCCAAAUGGUCCCUUUUGCCCUAAAGAACAAGUUUUAUAUUGUUUUACCAUCAGUGGACUUGUCAGCCAAAAAAAACUUUUUUUAAGCAACAGGGGGACAAGUUCAACUUUUUUUAAAAAAAAUUUUGAAUAGCCCCCCCCGCCUCCACUACCCAAAUGUAUCCCAUUUUUUAUAUAUUAUUUCUUUCUCAACGCAAGAUAUACCCAUCCAAGUGGUCCUGCUAAGGUAUCACACAAAGUUAUAAAAUCAGUUUGAGUUACUAUGUCAUGUAUUGUCUAUUGUACAAAAGGAAAAAACAUUGGACGCGUGUUCUCCUUGUUUUUUUUGAAACGAUGACUAAUAUAGGAUGCGCCUAUGCAUCCGUAUAUCAAAAUAUUUUUGUUGCUUCACGAAAAUUUUUAAUGUAAUUUUAUGGUCUUAUAACGUUACUUUUGCAUUUUUUUGCGUUUUUAAAAGUGGAAAAUUUUUUUUUCAAAUUUUUAAAAACUUUAAAUUUUCUAAUUUAAAAUUUUUAAAAUUUCAAUUUGUGCUUUUUAAACUGAAUUUUUUGUUUUCAAAUGUCAAAAUUUAAUUUCUAGGCUUAUUUUUACAUUUUAUUACCCUAAAAUUAUUUUUAAAAAUUUUUCAUCAAAAUUCAAUUUUCAGUCUCAGACCCCUGUACCAGUGUCCCACUGUCCCAGCCGAACGUUUUCUGCCAACCUCUGACCAUCUCCACCUGUUCCAAUGCCCUGGACUCCAUAAACGACGCCGCCGCUCUUCAUCACGACAUUAAGCACGAGGAUAAGGCCUGGUUCUCUUGCCAUGAUUGUAUGGAGCCGAUCAAGGAGAGGUUUCUACUCAAUGUCGACAACCACAAUUACCACAGUAAUUGCAUCAGAUGCAGUGAUUGUUCGAUGAAUUUGCAAGAAAUGCCAAGUUGUUUCGUUAAACAUGGCAGUUUGUAUUGUAAACCUUGUUAUGGACAGUAAGUUUUUGCGUUUUUCACUAAGUUUAUAAAAGCUACAGUAUCUUUAGUGGCCAGAGGGUGAUGGUAAAGUGGGCUGUAGAGAGUAAAAGAGAGUGGGAAGGCAUAGAAACUUCAAAAAGGGGGUUUGAAUUGAAUGUGAUCCCCUUGUGAAGUCUUGAAAAAAAACUCCUACCCCCCCCUUCCACUAAAGCUUAAAUUUCAAUUUUAGUACUAGCUACAGUAACUCGACCGUUUUAUUGUAAGAAAACCAAGAUUUUCUACCUUUCCUAUCUCCACCAUCCUUUCGAAACCCAGUCUCCCAACUGCCAAAACUUACAGUACCCUCACUCAUUGUAUGGUAAAAACAAGAAAAAGUCCACAAUAGAGAAAAGACAUUACUAUCGCUUAACGAACCAAAUUCAAGAAUCUGAAUACCAACUAAUUCCCCCGAGGACGUUUAACUUUGGACUUUUUCAGGAAAUUCCAAACAAAAUGUGCGCAUUGCGAGCGACAAAUCCAGCCAACGGACUGGGUCCGCCGCGCCCGCCAUUAUGUGUUUCAUUUGGCCUGCUUUUCCUGUACGCAUUGUAAGAGGCAGCUCAGUACCAAAGAGGAGUUUUGUCUACAAGAGAAUCGUUUACUAUGUAAACAACACUAUCUCGAGCUGGUUCAGGGGGAUGAUUGUAAGUUUUUUUUUGUAUAAACUGGCCAAAUUUUGUCGGGAUGGGCCUGAAAAUGAGCUGAAGACAUACCCAAUGUUCAGCUAUGCCAAAUGGGACAUUUUGGUUCCAGAGAAUCAAAAAAAAUUUUGUUUAAUUUCAAUUUUUCAAAUUUUUUCCAGCAAUCGACAGAGUGGUGGACCAAGUUCAAAAUUUUUUCAAAAUUUUUUUUUCGUUAAAACAAAAAGAUGCCCUCAUAAAAAUGACACUAUAGAUUAAACCAAUAAAACAACUUUUCAGCCCAGUCCAAGCAAAAAACUAAACGAGUCCGAACGACUUUUGCUGAAGAACAACUUCAAAUCCUCAAUGCUCACUUUCAAUUGGACUGUAAUCCAGAUGGCGGAGACUUGGAACGAAUAGCUUCAUUGACUGGCCUAUCCAAGAGAGUCACUCAAGUUUGGUUUCAGGUAAGAAGGUUUUGAAAGGUUUUGAGGGGCUAAAAUUAAUUUUUUUAAGGCUUAACCUAACGUUUUUAAGGUUCAACCUAACUUAACCUGACAAACCUUAUAGUUUAAUUAAAAUAAAAGCACCUUUAUGCAAAUAAGUCUUCGAAAUUAAUUUUUAAACUCCUUCAGAACUCCCGAGCCCGCCAAAAGAAGAGCCACGGCCCUCGGAAAAAGAUCACCGGCCCGGGAUCAAUCCACGCCACCAGCUCGGCAAGUGGAAGAUCAAGUCGAGCUACCUCUCAAUCCAACAUGUCUCCAGCUCCAAAAUCUCCAGAAGAGCAGCAGCAAUGA